AUGUUUGAUCUCAAGACAAUUCUCGACCGCCCUAAUAUCCCGUGGAAGUUGAUCAUUGCCGCGUUUUCGAUUGCUCAAUUCUCCUUCGAAUCGUACUUGACCUACAGGCAAUACCAAAAGCUUUCUGAAACAAAGCUACCACCUGUCCUAGAAGACGAAAUCGACGAUGAAACUUUCCACAAGUCCAGGAACUACUCCCGGGCUAAGGCAAAAUUCUCCAUCUUCGGCGAUGUCUACAACCUGGCACAGAAACUAGUCUUCAUCAAAUACGACUUCUUCCCUAAAAUCUGGCACAUGGCCGUGACUUUGUCAAACGCGGUCCUGCCGGUCAGAUUCCAUAUGGUCUCCACCGUCGCUCAGAGUUUGUGUUUCUUGGGUCUCUUAUCCAGUUUGUCCACCUUGGUUGAUUUGCCACUUUCUUACUACAGUCAUUUUGUCCUGGAAGAAAAGUUCGGUUUCAAUAAAUUGACCGUCAAAUUAUGGAUCACCGACAUGAUCAAGAGCAUAACUUUGGCCUACGCCAUUGGUGGCCCCAUUCUUUACCUUUUUCUAAAGAUUUUUGAUAAAUUCCCCACCGAUUUCCUUUGGUACAUUAUGGUUUUCUUGUUCGUCGUCCAAAUCUUAGCCAUGACAAUCAUCCCAGUCUUCAUCAUGCCCUUAUUCAAUAAAUUCACCCCCUUGGAAGAUGGUGAAUUAAAAAAAUCUAUUGAAAAUUUGGCUGAUAGAGUGGGUUUCCCUCUGGACAAAAUUUUUGUCAUUGAUGGCUCCAAAAGAUCUUCCCAUUCAAACGCCUAUUUCACGGGUUUACCCUUCACCAGCAAGAGAAUUGUUUUGUUCGACACCCUAGUCAACAGUAACUCCACCGACGAAAUUACAGCUGUCUUGGCUCACGAAAUUGGUCACUGGCAAAAAAAUCACAUCGUCAACAUGGUCAUCUUCAGCCAGUUGCACACUUUCCUCAUUUUCUCUCUCUUCACUAGCGUCUACAGAAACUCUUCAUUUUAUAACACCUUUGGCUUUUUCGUGGAGGGCUCCGCGGGCAGUUUCAUCGACCCAGUCAUCACUAAAGGGUUUCCUAUCAUCAUCGGAUUCAUGUUAUUCAACGAUUUACUGGCUCCACUAGAAUGUGCUAUGCAAUUCGUGAUGAGUUUAAUUUCUAGAACUCAUGAAUAUCAAGCUGAUGCCUAUGCUAAGAAAUUGGGCUACAAGCAAAAUCUAUGCAGAGCUUUAAUUGAUCUGCAAAUCAAAAACCUUUCUACCAUGAAUGUAGAUCCCCUGUAUUCUAGCUACCAUUACUCUCAUCCAACAUUAGCUGAGAGAUUAACGGCCUUGGAUUAUGUUAGCGAAAAGAAAAAAAACUAA